GCCACACCCACCAGGCUGUGGCCAGACAGGGUGCUCUGGCUGCUGGACAGUCCCCACUCAGCUCCUGGGUGGGCUCCGCGACCACGGCCAUGGCCUCCCGGCUCUUCCUGGCCCUCGCCUUCUGGGCUGGCUGCUUGUCCUGCCUGGCAGUGAGAGCUCCCACGCAGCCCAGCGUGUGGUGCCGAGCAUCGAGGUACCCGGUGGCUGUGGACUGCUCCUGGGAUCUGCCGCCAGCUUCCGACUCUGCCGGGACCACAUCCUUCGUGGCCACGUACAGGCUGGGCGUGGCUGCGCACGGUGAGAGCCAGCCCUGCCUGCAGGCGGUGCCCAAGGCCACGGGCUGCACGAUCCCAGAGCCCCUGCUCUUCUCCACGGUCCCCUACGUGCUCAACGUCACAGCCACGCCUGCCAGUGGCGGGGGUGGCAACAGCACCUUCACUCUCUUCGUGGUUGAGAACAUUAUCAAACCGGACCCGCCUGAGGAGGUGCGCCUGAGCCCCCUCCCGGGGCAGCGGCUGCACGUGCAAUGGGCACCCCCACGCUCCUGGCCCUUCCCGGACAUCUUCCUGCUCAAGUACUGGGUCCGCUACCGGCGCCCAGGGGGCGCGCGCUUCCGCCAGGUGGGACCCAUCGAGGCCACAUCCGUCACCCUUCGGGCUGUGCGGCCCCAUGCCAGGUACCACGUGCAGGUGGCCGCCCAGGACCUCACCGACUACGGGGAAGCUAGCGACUGGAGCCUGCUGGUCACUGGACCCUGACUCCCUCCCCGGGGCCUGGACACUAAGAGUGCAGCUACUGGGCGCCCCUGGAUGGCAGCCACCCCGUCUGCAGAAUGGAGGGACGCACCCUCUCCUUGGGGUGGGGGGCAGGGCCCUACUUUGCACACUGUGAAUGUUUUUAGGAAACACUCCUUGUCCUUGGAAUAA